UGAGCGGCCGAGGCUUAACGUCAGGUUAGUACAACGGUUAACAAUGGACAAAAACAACUCUAUUUCUUUGUAUUAUCUCAUCCUUAAAUAAAUUUCUGUAUGCGUCACGAUGUUUCAAAGGCAUAAUUAAAUGAAUUUUCUUAGUUAGUCCACAUUCCUGCCGGCAUCGCUUAAGUGGUCGCACAAUUAUUCCCAGCUGUUUGUUGCGCGUUUCCUCGUAGUUGUAGUUAAAGGAAAUGUCGUAAUAGUAUUCAGUGUUAAAUUAAAGUUUUAUAAUUAAUGAGGUAUUAAAACAAAAUAAAGCAUGGUGUUAAAAUAGUGAACAAAUGUGUUUUAAAACAUAUUAAAAACAAAAAAAAAAACUUAUUUUACAACGCCACGUUAUUUCACAGUUUUCCGUGAAAAGUAAGUGUUAAAAGUUGUGCACAUGUAACCAUAUUAUAAAUACUACGUUUACAAAAAUAUUUAAAAACAAAAAAGAAAAAAAGCGUUAGCUUCGACUACACCAAAGCUAUAAUACCCUUCACAGUUGCAUUUUUUAUAGCAUAAAAGGGUAUAAAAAGAUAUAGAAUAUAAGUAGUUUAACUUUCAAAAUAUUCUGGAAAUAAGUUUAAAUUCAUAUCUUCGUGAUAUUGAAAUCGCUGAAUGUCUGUUUAAAAAUUUAUUGAUAUAAUAAUUGGCCUACCUCAAUGGUAUUUAACUAUAAUGUUGUAAUAUAUUUUAUAUUACCUUUAAUUGUUUACGCCGUCUUUAUUUUCCGUCCCACAUUUAUCACCUAGUGUAUGCGGAGACAUAUCGAACCGCACCCAACAUAUCCAAAACUGUAAAAUGCAUAUUUCCUGCCUCAACCACACAAAUGACCUUUUAUUAUGUCGUCAUGUGCAUAUACCUGUUCACAAUCGCUUAACUAACCGUUAUAGAAUUGUGUUUGUAGCUUUCUAUGUCAAUUGUUAAACGUUCUGUCUGGCUCGCUAAUGUUACUAACUAACCAAAACUGGGAGUGAAGCGCAUAUUUGUGUAUGUGUGUUUAUAAAGUUAUUUAUGAACGCAUUUCCCCUGAUUGAACUUGACAGUGAAACUCUUUUUUUUUUUUUUGUUACACAUAACUACAAAUGUAUAUAUGUACAUACUUUUAUAUUAGUAUUUGUAUGCACUGAACCAUUUUUCUGCUUCCACGUUGCUUAUAAUAUACUAUUUUGCAACAUAAGUUUUAAUUUCUUCUUAUUAUUAUUUAAAUGCUGUUAAGUAUCGUAUUACAUCACCUAAAUCUGCAACGUAAUAUAGCUAACCCAAUUAUGGCUAAACCAAAUUUCAUGCUCGGUUAACCAUCACGAGCGCUUCGUUCAACACAGUGCAACUGAAAUUGAAUUUUAUGCCAUAAAAUUAACAUUAAUGCAAAAGUUAAAAUGCAUCAACGUAGUUGCAUACUGUCGCUCAGCGUUAAUGGUUGCUGCUUAUUAGCAUUCUUAAUUUGUAUUAAUAAAAUAAAAAAAGUAUUAUUUUCCGCAGUAACUUUUUGUUAAAGAAAAAACAUUCAAAAUUGCGUCCUUAAAGCAAACACGCAAAAAGCUCACAUCCUUCUGCAUGUGUGGUCCGGCGCAUAGGCGUUUAUUCUAUCACAUACGGGAAUAUCACAUGGCCUCCUCGACCAGCGAGCAGGAGACCGAAGAUGAAAUCGAACCGAAGAGCCAACGUGAACCACUGGCAAUCGAAUUGCCCGAUAAAAUUUACCAAAUAAACCAGACUGACCAGGAUUUGCCAACUUCAUUGGAACAGCUCACUGUUCGCGAAGAAGAUGCUUGGUGGAAUCAAAUGCCUUUAACCAAUUUGGAUUUAAGUUCGAACGCUUUGACACAUUUAUCGCCAAAAAUUGAGAAUCUCGAAACAUUGACCACAUUGACGCUGCACGACAAUUUACUAACCAGCCUUCCUAGAUCCAUAUGCAGAUUAGAGAAAUUAGUGCGCGUCAAUCUGAGUCGCAACAAGUUGAGAGAGCUGCCUGUUGAUUUUUACUCGUUACCUGAGCUGCGUUACUUGAAUAUAUCGUACAAUGAAUUUGAAGAAUUACAUCCCGCUGUGAGCGAUUUGCACAUGCUGGAAUAUUUGGAUGCUUCACAUAACUCACUUACGAGGCUACCCAAUGGUAUUGGCUUUCUGGUGCGCGUAUCUGAGCUUUUACUCUCACAUAAUCACAUAAAAGAACUGCCCUCCGAUCUGGUGAAUAUGCGUUCGCUACAAAAAUUGGAUCUGAAUAAUAAUGACUUGAUAGCCUUGCCCGAGGAUAUGGGCAGUCUGCGCAAAUUGUUAUGUUUAUAUCUGCAGCACAAUGAUAUAACGCAAUUACCCACUUUCGAGGGCUGUCAGAAUUUGCAGGAUUUAUACGUUGCCAAUAACUUAGUUGCGAAAUUACCUGAGAGUUUUUGCUCAAACUUGCCACAUUUGAAAAUUCUCGAUUUGCGCGAUAACAAAAUUACGAAAAUUCCGGACGAAAUUUCGCUACUGAAAAAUCUCAUUCGGCUCGAUCUUACCAAUAAUUCCAUAAACAGUCUGCCCUUGUCGUUGGGCUCAUUAGCGCAUUUGGUUAGCCUGCAAAUCGACGGUAAUCCCAUCAAGUCCAUCCGUCGUGAUAUACUCCAGUGCGGUACAAAUCGUAUACUACGAACAUUGCGCGAACGUGCGCGUGCUUCUGUCGAAAAACAACAGCAUCUUACUCAAGGCGAUACCGUUUCCUUAAACUCUUCAACAUCGUCGACAACAACUUUCGUACACAAUAAUACCGAUAAAAUGGGUGCAGAUGGUUUGAAUAGUCCACGCCGUCCGGCUGGUGGUUGUGAUGAAGACACAACAUUUCCCGAUAAAUACAAAAUGAGAAACACGCAUACAUUAAAUGUGACCAUGCAGUACUUGUCCACAGUACCUGACGAAGUGUUCCAAACGGCCGCAGAAGAGCAUGUCAGCUGCGUUGAUUUCUCUAAGAAUCGUUUGGAAAAGUUGCCAGAUGCACUUCAUCUUCUGAAGGGCAGUGCCAGUGAGUUGGUCUUCUCCAACAAUCAAAUAACCAAAGUGCCAACAUUUUUGUCGCAAUUCACACGUCUUACUUUACUCAAUUUGUCAUGCAACCAACUGACCGACCUGCCGAAGGAAAUGGGUGUCCUGAACACCUUACGAGAAUUGAAUAUUUGCAAUAAUCGCUUUGACCACAUACCGACCUGCCUUUAUUAUACGCAAAAUCUGGAAAUUCUACUGGCCAGCGACAAUCGUAUCAAGCAUAUCGAUGCGACACCAGAAGGAUUGGGCGCCUUGAAGCGACUAACUAUUUUAGAUCUACGCAACAACAACAUUGAGCAAGUGCCACCCGUACUUGGUAAUCUAACACAUAUUGCUACACUGGAACUGAUCGGUAAUCCUUUUCGACAGCCACGCCAUCAAAUACUUGCCAAGGGCACAGAUGCCAUCAUGUCGUAUUUGCGUGAUCGUAUACCAGCCUAAGGCUUAGCCAGCGAGCUAACUCUUUUCUUUUAGUGUACAACGUAACAUUAUUAUUUUUUUGAAAACGAAAUGGAAUGUGUUUGUUGAUGGUCGCAAAAAAAUUCAAAUUGCCGCUUAUAUUAUAUUAAAAUCGCCCAAGCUACUGUUAACUCGUGCGUGCGUUGUGGUAGAACGUAGAUUUAAUAGCGGUUGGGUUGAUUUAGUUUUGGAAUUUUAUUUGUGAGAACAAGAUACGCAAUAUUUUCAUGCAUAUACAUACUCUAUAUAUAUGUAUAUAUAUAUAUAUAUAUAUAAUGUACGCCUAACAAAAAAAAGAAAAAUAUAUUUUUAACGAUAUUACAAAUUUGGUUCCGUCUCUUUCGCCAGAGUUAUGGAAGCAAAUUCAUUUUUUUAUUUAUUCUUUAAUAUUUACUAACUACCUUACACUAGUCAUUAUGUACAAUACAACAUACAAUCAUAAAUGCAUACAUAAAUUUAUAUAAAAUUUGUUUAAAAUAGAAUUUCUAAAAUUAGAGACACUAAAAAAAUACUAUAAACGACUUUUAAACUCGCUAAAAAUUAAAAUAAAAUUGACAGCGUAUAAAAAAGAGAGAGAGCGAGUAUUUAUCUUAAAAAGCGCUCUUAAAAAACAUGUUGUAUACUCUGUAGUUCCGUACACUGUUAAUAAAAAAAGAAAUCUUAUUAAAACAGCUGCUAAA